CCUGGGGAGAUUUGCAGGCUCAGAAAGGAGGCACCAGGCCUUGACUUGGCCUGUGCCUUCCUCCCUUUGACUCACAUCAGCCACAGCUCCCAGCGAUGCUGUCUGUGAUUGGGCUUUGCUACAAACUGGUUUGAAGAUCCCGUUUGACUGCAGAAUUUGUAUUUCUCCUCCAGCUGGCCUUACCAAAGACAGCUGGGCUAGAGACUGGAACAGCUUACAGUUUAAUUAACCUGUCUGUUCCUGGCGAGCCUAGCCUGCCAUGAAGGGCUGCCUCAUCUUCGCUCUUGUGACUGCAGUUGGACUUAUUCUAGCUGAAGAGUAUGAAGAUACAUCAGAAGAAGAGAAAGAUUUUACUAUUCCUUACAUGGUCUAUCUCCAGUCCAACUCAGAACCCUGUGUGGGAUCCCUCAUUCACCCUGAGUGGGUACUGACAGCUGCCCACUGCUCCCCACCUAUUAAAAUCCGACUGGGAGUUUAUCAACCCACCAUCACAAAUAAGCAUGAGCAGAUACGGAAUUACUCAUUGACUGUGCCCUAUCCUAAAUUUGAUGAAAAAUCUCUGAAAAAUGACUUGAUGUUGAUAAAACUGUCCAAGGCUGCUGAACUCAACCUCCAUGUGGGCACCAUAGCCGUGGCCAUAGAACCCAUACAUUUUAAUGAUUCCUGCUUUAUCCCAACCUGGACCUGGGAUAACUAUAAAAAUGUCAGUGAACCUGACAUUCUGACAUGGACAAAUCAAUAUAUUCUUCCCUUACAAGACUGCCAGAACAUACUCCAAGAGCUGGAAAUAAAAAUCAUGUGUGUGGGAAGACCUCUGUUGAUCUUAUCUAAAAAUAAGGAAGUUUCAGCUGCUCCAGCUGUCUGUGCUGGAAGGUUACAUGGAAUUUUGUCCUGGGCAAAAGGAAGUGUCACCCUGGGAAGUGAAGGGUUCUUCACAGAUGUUCAUUACUAUGCAAGAUGGAUCAUGAAAGUCAUUAAUUCUUACUGAGGUGCCUCUAUUCUCAUCCCCUCAGUGCAAUCGCUUCAUGAUUUCUAUACUACAUGCACAGCUGUCUUUAUUUUUUCUGACUCAUGAACAAAAUCCAAAGAGAAAACAUCCAAUAAAAACAUCACUAAGAAUGCA